CUCUCGCGAGAGCGGGGCGGGGCGGCCCCGGGGCGGGCGGCAGCGACGAGGAGGCGGCUCCGGAGCCCGCGGUGCCGCCCGCCUGUCACAGCGCCCGGGCCCCGAGCGCCGCCAGCACCCGGCAGCAGCAGCAGCAGCACAGCGGGGAGGAGGAGGAGGAGGAGGAAGAAGCGGCAGCAGCGAUGGCGCGGCUGGUGGCGGUGUGCCGGGACGGCGAGGAGGAAUUCCCCUUCGAGAAGAGGCAGAUCCCGCUGUACAUCGAUGACACGCUCACGAUGGUGAUGGAAUUUCCUGAUAAUGUGCUGAACCUCGAUGGACACCAGAAUAACAGUGCACAAUUAAAACAGUUCAUUCAGAGACACAGCAUGCUGAAGCAGCAGGACCUGAACAUUGCCAUGAUGGUGACGUCGCGGGAGGUCCUGAGCGCCCUUUCCCAGCUGGUGCCGUGCGUGGGCUGCCGGCGCAGCGUGGAGAGGCUCUUCUCCCAGCUCGUGGAAUCUGGGAAUCCAGCGCUGGAGCCCCUCACAGUGGGGCCAAAGGGGGUGCUCUCUGUGACUCGCAGCUGUAUGACUGAUGCAAAGAAGCUUUAUACACUCUUCUAUGUGCAUGGGUCCAAACUGAAUGACAUGAUUGAUGCAAUUCCCAAAAGUAAGAAGAACAAGAGAUGUCAGCUACACUCCCUGGACACACACAAACCAAAACCUUUGGGGUCUGAAAAAUGUUUGGUAAUACUAUGUGACAGUGAAGGGAGCAGUAACAGACUCAGUACAAAGAAAUUAAAAGCAGUUAAAAGUAGAGAAGACAGGAGGAGGAGGAAGGAGAGCAAGUGUAGCAUCAUUUUCUGCUAUGGACCUUCCCAGGGAGCAGUCAGGGGCUGUUGGAUGGAUGUGUGGGAGCUCAUGUCCCAGGAAUGCAGGGAUGAAGUAGUUUUAAUCGACUCUAGUUGUCUUCUAGAAACCUUAGAAACCUACCUACGAAAACACAGGUUCUGCACUGACUGCAAGAACAAGGUGCUGCGUGCCUACAACAUCCUGAUCGGGGAGCUGGACUGCAGCAAGGAGAAGGGUUACUGUGCUGCCCUGUACGAGGGGCUGCGCUGCUGCCCCCACGAGCGCCACAUCCACGUGUGCUGCGAGACCGACUUCAUCGCCCACCUCCUGGGGAGGGCCGAGCCCGAGUUCGCAGGAGGGUAUGAGCGCAGGGAGAGGCACGCCAAGACAAUAGACAUCGCCCAGGAGGAGGUGCUGACCUGCCUGGGCAUCCACCUCUACGAGAGGCUGCACCGGAUCUGGCAGAAGCUGCGGGCCGAGGAGCAGACGUGGCAGAUGCUCUUCUACCUGGGGGUGGAUGCUCUGCGCAAAAGCUUCGAGAUGGCUGUGGAAAAAGUGCAAGGUAUUAGUCGAUUGGAGCAGCUCUGUGAAGAGUUUUCGGAAGAAGAAAGAGUGAGAGAGCUGAAACAAGAGAAGAAACGCCAAAAACGGAAGAACAGACGGAAAAAUAAGUGUGUGUGUGAGAUCCCUGCUCCUCUGCAGGCAACAGAAGAGAAGGAAAUCAGUCAGGCAAAGGAGAGCUCCAACUUCACAGAAAGCAGUUGCAAAGCCUGUGGUAGCACCGAAGAAGCCAACAACUGUGUAGAAGUAAUUGUUACUAAUGAAAGCACCUCUUGCACUUGUCCCAGUAGUGGUACCCUAUUAGGUUCACCUAAAAUCAAGAAAGGUUUAUCUCCACACUGUACUGGCAGUGACUGUGGCUAUUCAUCGAGCAUGGAAGGCAGUGAAACGGGGUCUCGGGAGGGGUCGGAUGUGGCCUGCACCGAAGGCAUCUGCAACCACGAUGAAAAUGGAGACGAUCCCUGUGUCCAUCGCUGCGACGACAAGGAGGAGGAUGGGGACAGCUGUGUGGAAUGCUGGGCUAACGCGGAAGAGAACAACACAAAAGGCAAAAACAAAAAGAAGAAAAAGAAAAGCAAAGCUUUGAAGUGUGAGAAUGACCAUAUUCAGAAGCUUGGAAGCUGUCUGGCAGAUCCAGGUACCAGAGAGACCUCAGGGAAUCUCACGCACACAGAGUUCCAUCGCGACAAGACCAAAGACACACACGCUGAGAGCUGCUGUAGCGCAGACAAAAGCGGCCAGCAGUUGCCUUGGUUUGAGCAUAUGAAAAAUGUGUCACAGUUUGCAGAACCUACAGAAAUGUCACUCGUUCCUGAUACUGGAAAAGGUGCCAAAAGCUUAGUGGAACUCCUUGAUGAGUCCGAGUGCACUUCUGACGAGGAGCUGUUCAUCUCCCAGGACGAGAUCCAGUCCUUCAUGGCAAACAACAAGUCUUUCUACAGCAACCGGGAGCAGUACCGGCAGCACCUGAAGGAGAAGUUCAACAAGUACUGUCGCCUCAACGACCACAAGGGGCCUGUCUGCAACAGCUGGCUGGCAACAGCUGGAGCCAACUGAGCCCGGCCCCCUCUCUGUCUGUCACUGAAACUCGAGAUGACUACUGCGCCUUCUCCUUCCAGACUUAAUUUAGUGACUUAACGGCAAAAUUUUAUCUUAAAUUAAUGUGA